GUCAUUGCUUGCUUCCUUUUCGUCUGUCUAAGAUAGAAAUUACAGAAACAACAAUUCAUACAAGUCUUUAUAAACCAACGCAAUGUAACAUCAUAAGAGAGCCCAUUUGGGACACUCAAAAUGAUCUUUCAUUUCGUGUGACCCAAUAAUAUCAUACUGCAUCACCCUUCACAUCUUCAUGUCCUAUAUAUAAUAUAUCUGCACCCACAAGCAUAUAACAGAUAUCACCAUUCUUCAAGAAACCAUUUCUUUUGAUUUUAACCUCAGCCCUUUUCUUUACAUGUCCUCAAUUUCCUCUGUUAUACUAUACAGGUUCUAAAAUGAUGGGAAGGGCUCCGAUAUUACCGUCGAAGAUUAUUUGGUUGCUGAGUUAUGUCAUAACCAUUCAUGCAUUCCAUGAUAUUCUAUCACCGGCACAUCAUAUUUCGGCAGGACACUACCGCGAAAACACACGAAAAAUGCACCUAGACAAGGUCACAUUUUCUCAACAUGAUUCCACAUUUCGGCCACCCAGUCCUAUUAGACGACCAUCACUGGCUACUCCUACAACAGCUCUAUUGAAAACCACUCCAUCAACCUCAGAUACAAGUGGCGUAGCAGGCGCGCGAGAGUAUCACGUGAUAACAUACGGGGCAGAUCCAACGGGGAAAAAUGAUAGUACAGAUGCAAUUCUUGGAGCAAUAGCAGAUGCAGUGCAAGGACCAGGCCACGGGGAGCUGAUGAAAGGAAUUUUGAAUUUAGGCGGUGUGAGGAUAAAUCUUGACGGUGGAAUAUACAAAAUUAGUCGCCCCUUACGCCUACCCGUCGCUGGCCGGGGUAACCUAGUGAUACACGGAGGAACUUUAAAGGCUUCAGAUGACUUUCCAAAAGACGGUUAUCUGAUUGAUCUAUCUGCUUCAUCUAAGCUCGAGUACAUCUAUGAAUUCGUAACACUGAGAGACCUACUCCUAGACUCCAAUUACAGAGGUGGAGCAAUUCAAGUCGUGGACUCACUUAGAACUAGCAUUGACAACUGCUACAUCACGCAUUUCACCACCACUGGUAUAAAUGUACAAGGUGGACACGAGACAUACAUUCGUAAUUGCUAUCUAGGACAACACAUAACUGCUGGUGCCGAUCCUGGGGAGAGAGAUUUCUCAGGAACAGCAAUAAUCCUGAACGGCAACGACAAUGCAGUCACAGAUGUCGUAAUUUUCUCAGCUGCCACUGGCAUUGUCAUCGAAGGCCAGGCUAAUACACUUUCCGGGGUACAUUGUUACAAUAAGGCCACAGGCUUUGGCGGUGUGGGGGUUUAUUUAAAAGUGCCUGGUUUAACACAAACACGAAUUGUGAAUUGCUAUCUGGAUUACACUGGCAUCGUCGCAGAAGAUCCCGUGCAACUCCACAUUUCCAGUAGUUUUUUUCUCGGAGACGCGUUUAUUCUACUCAGGUCCGUUAAUGGAAUUGCAAACGGAAUAAAUAUUGUGGAUAACAUGUUCUCGGGGUCGGAUAAGGAUAUCGAUAUCGUGCAAUUGGAUGAAAAAAGUUGCAAAUUCAAGAAUGUGAAACAAGUAAUAGUUGACAGGAAUAACGCCAAGGGAAUGAAUAUGAAGUCAACAAUUGCUCGUGGGACUGUGGAGGGAAAUAACAGCUCCUGGAUGGUUGAUCUUAGUCGAGAUUUGUUGUUUCCUAAUCUUAUAAGAUCUGUUCAAUAUUCAUUACAGCCCACCGGUGAUCAGUUUCCGAAUCACGCGUUACGCAGCGUGACAGAUAAUCGCGUUGUGAUCACGACGGAUGUGGUGGUUCCGGCCAGUGUUACUGUCACAGUGGAUCAGUAAGCUCCUGGCUCGUGCCAACUGCAGUUUAUGAAUGCAUUUCAAGAUAUCUAAGCAAGUUCUGAUUUAAUGUAUAUUUUUAUGAUAAAUUUUGCAAAGCUGUUCUUAUAUAAAUAUAUACGAAUUUAAAUGAGCAUGUAGCCUUUUUCGACAAUGAAAUAAUAUAUUUCAUGUGCCUGAAA